AUGGUGUUAUUGUCUACCACUGAAGCGGAGUAUAAAGCUUCAACACUCGCAGCUCAAGAGUGUAUAUGGCUUCGAAGACUCCUUGAAGAUUUGUUGGAGCCAAUCAAUAAGCCGGUUGCAAUUUAUGGAGAUAAUCAAAGUGCUAUCAAGUUGGCUAAUAAUCCGGUGUUUCAUGCAAGGACGAAGCAUAUCGAGUUAGAACAUCAUUUCAUACGGGAGAAGGUGCUUGAUGGAACAAUUGAAGCUUUGGAGGUUCGAAGCGAAGACAACGUUGCAGAUAUUUUCACCAAGUCACUACCAAAGGGCCAAUUUGAGUUACUUCGCUCGAAGCUCGGGAUGAGCACAUUAGCAGCACCAGACGUUUAUCACCCGGAAGGUUCCACAGACCACGAGCCUGACAAUAUGAGUGUUCUUCAGCAGCAUUGUGCGUUUUUUGACAGAAAUGGUGAUGGUAUCGUGUAUCCAUGGGAAACUUAUGAAGGAUUUCGAGUGCUUGGCUUCAAUCUGAUUGUUUCUCUGGUCCUGUCGUUUCUCAUUAACUUGGUUUUGAGCUAUCCAACUCUCCCGAGUUGGAUACCUUCACCAUUGUUACCUGUGUACAUUCAUAACAUACACAAGGCCAAGCAUGGGAGUGACUCUGGAACUUACGACACUGAGGGCAGGUAUAUGCCUGCUAAUUUGGAGAACAUAUUCAGCAAAUAUGCACGUACGGUGCCUGAUAAGUUAUCAUUCGCGGAAAUGUGGAACAUGACAGAGGGUAACCGAGUAACUUAUGAUUUCUUCGGAUGGAUCGCCGCGAAGCUGGAAUGGAUAGUUCUGUAUCUCCUUGCUCGAGAUGAAAAGGGUUAUCUUUCAAGGGAGGUUAUCAGACGUAUGUUCGAUGGGAGCUUAUUCGAGCACAUUGAGCAACAGAGGACAACAUUCAAGAGGAAGAAGAUGAUGUAG